GACCAGCUCUAAACACGCUACCAGGAAAUGAGGUAUAUCAGGGAACAGUGAAAUGGUUAGAAUUCAGAGUUUUCAUAACACAGUACCUGAUUAUUAGAACAUUGUUAGUAAUGAUUUAAGGUCGUAUAUGACUGCAGCUCUUCUCGACCUUGUGUGACAGCAGCGGAUUGCAGCAUCAUGGCCAAGCGGAGUGGACAGCAAGACCUAAGCAAGUUCGGAUUUAAGAUCGCAAGAAAAAACAUUUCAGGAGAUCACAGUCAGCAGCAACUGCAACACGUCUUUGGAAAUUUCUAUGAGGAUCUCCACAGUGAAGCUUCAGGGCGCUGAGACAAUUUGUGGCAAACACAACCAAGCAGCACGGCCAUGGCUUCAGAUAUCAGCUAUCAGAACGGACCAGGGUUUUCCCAAAUAAAUGAGAGACCAGCAAAUGAUGAUGAUGUUGAUGAACCCAGCCACCUGAACAGUCCUUCCCGCAGGCAGGAUGAGUACGAGAGACUUGGGGGCAGAGCUGGAUCCUCUUUCUUGUCGACUUUAAUUCAUUUACUGAAAGGAAACAUUGGUACAGGACUGCUCGGCUUGCCUCUCGCUGUGAAGAACGCAGGACUUCUGAUGGGGCCACUAAGUCUGCUGGUGAUGGGCAUCGUGGCUAUACAUUGCAUGCGCAUCCUUGUGAAAUGUUCACAUCAUCUGAGCGCAAAGUUAGGGAAGCCAUUUCUGUCCUAUGGAGAGGCGGUGGAAUAUGGCAUGGAGAAUGUGUCUUGGUUAAGAAGGUAUUCGGUAUGGGGAAGACGUCUGGUGAAUGCGUUCCUGAUCAUCACUCAGCUGGGAUUCUGCUGUGUGUACUUUGUAUUCCUGAGUGACAAUGUCAAACAGGUAAUUGAGAGAGCCAACGGGACCACAACAAAUUGCAACACCAAUGAGACUGCAGUGAGUGUUCCCAGCUUCGACUCCCGCAUCUACAUGCUCAUCUUCCUCCCCUUCAUCAUCGUACUGGUGUUUAUUCGCAACCUUAAGUUCCUGGCCCCUUUUUCCUUCUUGGCCAACUUAGCCAUGUUGAUCAGCUUGGUGCUCAUCUACUGCUACUGCCUAAUGCAUAUUCCAUACCCUGUUAACCUUCCGCUGGUUGGAAAACCUUUAGACUACCCUUUAUUCUUUGGAACUGCUAUAUUUGCCUUUGAAGGAAUCGGUGUCGUCCUGCCACUAGAGAACAAAAUGCAGAAACCACAGCACUUCAGCAAAGUACUGUACUUGGGAAUGGGAACUGUCACCUUCCUAUACAUCUCCCUUGGCACCAUCGGCUACAUUUGCUUCGGCAUGCUCAUAAAAGGCAGCAUCACACUCAACUUACCCGACUGCUGGCUGUAUCAGGCUGUGAAGCUGCUGUACUCGUUUGGGAUUUAUAUUACAUACGCUCUGCAGUUCUACGUACCAGCCGAAAUCCUGAUUCCCGAGGCAGUGGCGCGGGUCCGGCCCAGCUUGGCACUGUUCGUGGACCUCAGCAUUCGUGUGGGCCUCGUCCUUCUUACAUGUCUGUUGGCUAUUGCAAUUCCUGAGCUGGACCUGGUCAUCUCAUUGGUAGGUUCAAUCAGCAGCAGUGCUCUAGCACUCAUAUUUCCUCCUCUGCUGCAAUUCCUCACCUUCCACACAGAGGGACUUUCAGCCUGGGUGAAAAUUAAGAACUCUGUCAUCACCAUUUUUGGCCUGUUGGGCUUCGUAGUCGGGACCGUUGUCUCAAUCAUGGAAAUCAUCGACCGCAGUCAUUCGAAGCACAGGGCCAACUUUCAGGUCUUUUGGUGACAAUCCUAUUAAACAGAUGGUUUAUAGACUGGUUGGGCUGUUUCUUAUCUGCAUAGCUUGUUUAUUUUAGCAUAAUUUAUACUUGAUCAUUUUGGGCUGGUUUUUUACAAUGAAGCUGAUCACCUUGAAUUCACCUUGAAUCAACUCCAAAACUGGAAUUUAUACAAACCACAAUUAUUAAGUAUAAGAAGUAUUCUGGAUGAAUUACAGCCAUUAAUAGCAUUGUUUUAUCCUUGGGGUUUUAUUUAUUUUGGUUUAUUUUUCAUGUAUUUCAUUUAGUUUAGUUAAUUUUUUUAUGAGAUCAGGUCACAAGUUACAGUGUGCUCAAAUUACUGAAUCCUAUCUGAAUUUUAUUGCACAUUGCUACAGUGCAUUUGUCAUUAUGAAUAAUUAGCCAAAAUUAAAUCAGGAGGAAUAAUAUUGAACAAAAUGCAAAGUACUGUUUAAAAUGGUCAUUUUUAGCCAAUGUAUAGCCAUCGGCUUGUUUUUAUAUUAGUGAAAUAACUUUUUUUUUCUAAA